CGCAGAUGGAUAACCCCGGCUAUAGCCUCAUUGGUUUCUAAACAGCGAGCAUCUGCACCGCAAAAGGUCGAGCACAUGGUACGCAAAGGAUCACAGGUCAUCGGAAGACAACGAGGGCACAGAGGGCACAAAGCAUGCGACGAGUGCAUUGCAAUGCAUCUUUCUGGCUGCAGGACGACUGCAGGGUGCCCGUCAGAGUGUGCAGUGGACGGUCAGAAGCCUCGGAUGCAUCCGGUGAGGCCAAUCGCGGCCCGAGGGGCGGACAGUUCUUGAUUCGACCAAGGCAGCAGCCUGACAAGGACAAGUGAGAACACACGCACAUUCACCCACACCGUACUGUCUGUCUGCAGCGUGAUCUGUAUGUGUUAAUAUCCAUCAGAGAGGGGGUGCCCGAGAAGGCUGGCGUGAGGCAUGACGAGCGACGGGCCGACAGGCUGUAUCGGCGGGGCCACUGCUGCGGGGAGGAGGACACAGACAGGUAUGGCGGACGUACGUCCAUUGCUGUGUGUAUCGCCCACUUGUUCUUUUGCUCUGAUGCUCCCUUCCCCAAGCAGGUGUCCGCCAGUGAAGUGUUCGGUGGAUGGCGGUGCCCGGCUGCUGCCGACCUUCUCACGGAACUUGCCACCGCAGCAUCGUAGUCACGACACUGACCGAAGCAGCCCAGCCACGAGGCGAUACGAUCUGCACAGGGUGGGUGAGCUGAGAAGACCCACACAGAGAGAGGAUCCAUCCAACCCCACAUCCAUCCAACCCCACACUCUCCCCUCGACUGUCUGUCUGUCGGUUCUGUCAGUCUAUGGUGGAUGGGGAUUCUGUGGGAGGUCAUAACGGCCAGCCCGACCCCGGCAUCUGGCGUCGAGACGCCCAUGACGAUCCCGACCAUACAGCAGCCGAGGACGACUGCUAUCCCCCGUCCCCCUCCCUGCCCUCACCCGCCCCCAUCAGCCCCCGCCCGUCCAGCGUUGGCUUCUCCAAACCCAUCCUGCCGGGCUGCAGCCACCCGCAGCAGGAGAUAGACAAGGAGGGAGGGGAAGGCAUCGAUGACGGUCCUGGCGUCUUUGAGAGGGUCAUGGGGAGGCAUGCUCACGACCGACCAGGGCCACCCAUGGCAGCGGCGUGGGCGGCGAAAGGAGGUCUGUUGCAUCGGUCUCAGGUCAAUAAGGAGGGCGUGAUGUGGGCAGUUGCGCCAAAGCACAGGAGAAUGGAGCGGGAGGGCGGCCACGUGCAGCAGAUGCACAAGGGGCGGCUCGACAGAGACGAGGUUACUCUCGGACCCAGCGCGACUAAGGCCUCCCUCCGUCAUGCAGCCUGCCUCACCGUCCGGUCCGCGCUUCGUGCUGCCGCCAUCCGGCACCUGGCGGGCGCCUUCAUGCGGCUGCGCGUCCACACACACUCAGGAUUGGGUGGCGCGGACGCGGGGUUUGUAGAGCCGAUGAACAGCGCAUGUGUCAAACAGGUAGGUGAAAAACACGCCGCACAUCAUCGCACACACACGGGCAUAAAGACACACCCAGAUAUGUCGCUGCCUCCUGUCUUAUUUGUUUCUGUCAGUUGUCGACUUUCCCGGCAAGAGACCAACGCGCAGCAGGCCCAGUGGCUGACCAGCAACCGGCAGCUGACGCCACAUGGUCAGGCCCUCCGGCCCAUGCGCAGGAGGUGAUGCGGGAGGGGCAGCUGUGGGGUGGUGGUGUCGAUGAGGAUCCUUCGGGAAGUGCCGACCACAUGCAGAACAUCAUUGGAAUCGAGGUCGUGAAUGGGCAGGUGAUCAAGAGGGAAGUACGGUCACCGGCACCUCCCCCUCCCGCCACAGGGGCCCCUGCACGGACUCCAUCCCGGCACGGCACGGCCACGUCUCGCCCGAAGCGCAACUUCAUCCAAGAGAACAUGAUAGCCGUUGCUGCUGUGAGGGUAUGUGAGGGGCAAGAAGGGCAAAGAGCAGAAGAGCUGUGCUGCUACAGGAAGGUACGUCAGUGCAUCCAGCUGAGUCAGACAGGGAAGCCGACACCUCUCAUCAUUUGCCUGUGUCUUGUGUUUCGAUCCGCUGAUGCAGAGUGGGGCCGAGGCCACACGGCCGGAGGUGACACAAGACGCCACGGAUCGACAGACGUGUGUGGUGGUGGGGACCAAUGGGGGUGAGUAGUGAUGCGAUUUCAUUCGCCUCGCCACUUGCUGCAUGUUGAUGCGUGGACGCGAGAGCC